ACAGAAAAUGGUAAACUGCAUCAAUAGGUAAUUGUACAACAAGUAAACCGUUACCAUGGCGACUGUUAGAAAAACUUGUAUAGGCCUUCUUCGCCCUAGUCGUCUCGGCAGACUCCUCGCCACAUCAAAUGCUGCCGUGUCAUCAUACCACCCCAAACUACAGACUGUGUCAGGUGUGGGGUCUACGGAUGAUCUGAAGUGUGACACAGACUUGGUUGUACCCACAGUAGACCAUGUGCUUGACCAUAUCUUGGAGAAUCUACCAGCCAGUCCCAUCAAACAGCAGGUACCCCCAGAUGCAAUUCUUGCCACAAGGAAGUCAGGGGGAGUGAAUGUCCAAUGUAGGUUGUUCAGCACCACCUGUCAUGUGAGGCCAACUUUUUCCAGUAGUAUACAGGUGAGAAAUGCCUCCACGGUAUCAGGAGGUGGAUCCACAUACGACUACGUCAUCAUUGGUGCUGGCUCGGCUGGCUGUACUCUUACCAAUCGGCUGUCAACUGACCCUAACAACAAGGUGUGUGUUGUGGAGGCUGGUCCAAAAGACUACACCUGGAAGAUCCACAUGCCUGCUGCGCUCAUGUACAAUCUGUGUGAUGAUAAGUACAACUGGUACUACCAUACCGAACCAGAACCACACAUGAACAACCGUGUCAUGUACUGGCCACGAGGACGUGUCUGGGGAGGAUCGUCCUCACUCAAUGCCAUGGUGUACGUGCGUGGCAAUGCCGGUGAUUAUGACGGAUGGGAAAAGGCUGGAGCGAAAGGAUGGUCUUAUGCAGAUUGCUUGCCAUAUUUUAAAAAAUCACAAACCCACGAACUUGGAGAAAACGACUACAGAGGUGGUGAUGGUCCACUUCAUGUGUCGCGUGGGAGGAGCAACAACCCUCUGCAUCAGGCCUUUAUAGAGGCAGGUCAGCAGGCCGGCUUCCCUUUUACGGACGACAUGAACGGCUACCAACAGGAGGGCGUGGGGUGGAUGGACAUGACCAUUCACAAAGGUCGACGCUGGAGUGCUGCCAUGGCCAGCCUCAGGCCCGCACUAAAACGUGACAAUGUGACAGUGGAAUCUAACGCACUGUCUACCAGGAUUGUGUUUGAGAACAAGAGAGCUGUUGGUGUAGAGUAUGAACAGAAGGGUGUUAAAAAGAUUGUACGAGCAGAGAAGGAUGUGAUUCUGAGUGGAGGAUCAAUCAACUCUCCUCAGCUCCUCAUGUUGUCGGGUGUGGGCAAUGCAGAUGAACUUAAGGCGCUGGACAUCCCUGUGGUUCAACACUUGCCUGGUGUUGGGGAGAACCUCCAAGACCACCUUGAUGUUACUGUACAAGAAGCAUGCAAGCUUCCCAUCACCCUCUAUUCUGCUCAGUGGAAGUUCCCUCAUAAUAUGAUCCGCAUAGGGCUGCAGUGGUUCCUCACUCAGAAAGGUGAUGGAGCUACCACACAUUUUGAGAGUGGAGGGUUUGUUCCAAGUGAAGAGAACCUCGAGUACCCUGACAUCCAGUUCCAUUUUGUACCUGUAGCUACGAAUGAUCAUGGGCGCAAAACUGGGAAUGAACACGCUUACCAAAUCCACGCUGGACCUAUGCGUGCGACAAGUAGGGGCUAUAUCAAAUUGAAAUCCCGGAAUCCUAGAGACCACCCAAAGAUCGUAGCCAACUAUUUGUCCACAGAAUAUGAUGUGAGGACAAUGAGAGACUGUAUCAAAGUUGCUAGGGAAGUGUUCAAACAAAAGGCGUUUGAUUCUUUCCGUGCUGGUCGGGAACUAUCGCCUGGACCUGAAUGUCAAACAGAUGCCGAUAUCGAUGCCUUCAAUCGUGCUAACGCAGACACCGACUAUCACCCAUCAUGUACAUGUAAAAUGGGAUCGGAGAGUGACCCAAUGGCUGUGGUGGAUUCUCAAACUCGUGUUCUAGGUGUCGAUAACCUCAGAAUUGUUGAUGCCUCUAUCAUGCCAAAUAUCAUUACUGGGAAUCUUAAUGGCCCUACAAUCAUGCUGGCUGAGAAGGCUGCUGAUAUCAUCCUAGGCAACGAACCACUGCCUCCGUCUACGGCUCCUGUGUACAAAAACUAUGUACAGGACGGUAAAUGAGUCUAUUCGAUCUGCUGAUCCGAGAGACAAACAAACAACAGUAUCCGUGGAUGAACAUUAAGCCUAUUAAACGAAAAUGUUUCUGUGAUUUUCGGUGUGUUGGUGAUCCAUCAAUCAAACCAAUUCUAUAAUUCCUCAAAAACGGAUUAAAUGCAUUAACCAUGAAGUAAUGUACUAUGUGGCCUGUAUAUGUUGGGAUAAGGAAAUUCAAUAUCAUCAGAUGUUAUUCCAUACAGUUUGUAUGUUAAAUUUUAUUCAAUUAGGAUAUAAAUGCCUUUUCUGUCUUUUUGCUUUAAAUAACGUUUUACCUAUUUUAAAAGGUUAGAGUAUUCUCUUCAUAAAACAAAAUUAAUACUAAUCUAAUGGAGCUGCCUCUUUGUUAAGCAUUGAGAUUGUAAUAUGUAAUGUGUUAUAUUAUGUCCAUGUUUGUACCAUUGUGUAUGUUUCUGUUUUGGGAGAGGACUUAUAUAGGCUUUGCCUGCUGUCCAAUCCGAUUGUCCUUGUGUCAAUAAAAUGUUUUGAUAUGAAAUGAAACCAUGAAGUAACAUUGAAAAAUCGUUCUUGAAUAAUAAGUUGCUAAUUGGAAGAGUUACAAGGAAGUAUUGUUUAAUGUGAACAAUCCUUCCACUGUUCUACUACUUCUACUGGUGGCUAUAAUGAGAUAGGUAUGAUGAGGUAUAAUAUGUACCAAUGGGCA